CUUCUUGUUUCUGUGCAGCUUGAAAAUCUUUAAUGGAGAGAUUAAUGAGAACGCUGCGUGAACCAUGGAUUUACACACAUUUCAGAUACGUGUGUGUGUUUUGUCUCGGUAUGCAGAUAGUCUGGGGUUUAGAUCAGGUGACACUCCUGAAUCCUCCAGAGGAGCCUCUGUCGGACCAUUUUCUGGAGAUCCUUUACUCUUGCGAUGAGCCUGCUACAGUGCAGCUGGACUGUAUUGUGUCUUUUGACACCGGCAUCACUUCCACAUUCCCCCUAAGACAGUGGAGCUGUGUCCCAGGUGACCCUAAAAUAAGGACUCUGGAGCUGAACCUGCCAGAUUGGUUGGUGUAUCAAGCUGAUGGGAUUGUUCCAGACUCCCAGUGGGUGCUGAGUUGUAUCCUGCUGGCGUCAGUCAGAUACAGUGGAUUUGAUGACAGCAAGAAGCCUGUUGCAGCUCAGGAUGUGGCAACUUUGCAGCCUAAGCUCUUUUUUGAUCGACCCGUAAAACAGCAUCAGCUGUGCAUUGCCUGGAGCACACAAAUGCUGCAAUUAACUCAACCGUUUUCAAAGAAACAGUGCCCUUUGGAGCGAGAAACAGUGCAUCUGCUGUCUUCUCUUUACGCAUCAACUGGAGAAAUCUUUGGUAUCACAAAGACACUGGACCCUUACAGCAGUGAGGUUCUGGAGUAUUUGCGUGUUAAAGCCAUCUCUUUCCCAUGGUGUAUGUUCUCCAUCUGGAUAUUUGUGACCAGGCAAUGCGGGUCAGAACUGUGUGGCCUUUUCCACCAUAUAGACUCACAGAAUAACUACAUCACGCCGACAGUGUUCCUCAAAAAUUCAGGCCAUCUACACAUCCAGAUAUGCGGAGAGUCUCAGGAAUCCACUGCGUUUCUCACUCCAUUCAAGGUGCCUUUAAGCAAGUGGUGCCAAAUCAGUGUGACGUUGCAAGGUAGAACGGUGACUGUCUCCGUGGUGUGUAUGGAUGACGAGCAGAGAACGGUUAAUUCUGCAGAACAUCUGAUGAGGCACGCUGUCAUGCUGGAUGACACAGAGGGAUAUUUUGUGAUUGGUGGAGGGCGAUAUAUCAGAGGUGUGGAAGGUUAUUUUGGACCACUGGUUUACUACCGCAACAGAGUGUCACCUCACAGCAUGUCUGAAGCUGUUAUUCCAGACGUUAUUAGGACUGUGAACCUGACCGGAUGGCUGCAGACCUGUCAUGAAUUUCAUGUCGAAAUGACUUUGAAAAUCAUGGGCUAUUCUCUCCAGGCCCAAGAGCAGACAGAGUCUGAGACCUGUUUGGACGCUUUUCAUGAGUGGAUGGUAAAGGACAGACUGCCAUCGCAGUCACAGUGUGGACUGUGGGAGGCGACUGUCCCUCAGAGAAGACAAGCUGCAAACCUGGUCAAGUUUUUAGCUUUCAAAUAUGGAGAAAGAAGACUUAGCCUUCCAGCUGUGGGCAGAGCACUGUACUCCUUAUCACUCCAUAAGCUGGACGGAGCGAGCAGCACUGGAGUGGUCAGCAGAAUAUUACCGCUGCUGCUCCAAGCUGGCUGCUUAGCUGAUAACCGAGCUCUGCACAUGUCGUCUGUGCUCUACAGCGCCGGCCUGGGAGUCAAGAAACAGCCCAAUAAGGCUUGGCUCCUGGCCCUGCUGGCAGCCCAGAAGGAUGAUCGAUUAGCACUUCUGCAGCUUGGGCACCUGCACUACCAGGGUCUUCAUGGCCUCCCUACAGACACAGACCUGGCCUAUGGAUAUUAUGCAAACAUUGCUAAACAGACAACCUUAGACCGUCUUAAUCACACACCAGAUCAGACAUUUGUUGAAGCUGUUUACUUAAACAAUGAUGAGAUGUUGAAUCUUCAAACCAGUGAAGACCAUCAUAUCUUCCAGUGGCUGAAACUGCAGGCAGGCAGAGGAGCAGCUGAAGCCGAGCAAGCAAUCGGCCGCAUGCUGUUCUGGGGUCAGCAGGGAGUCUCUCCAAACAUCCAGAAGGCUGUGAGACACUACGAAAGAGGAGCUGUCCGGUUGGAGGACCCGGUGUCAAUGUAUGACUAUGGCAUAGUCCUAAUGACGGGACAAGGGGUUGAAAGGGAUAUACCAAAAGCUGUCACUUUCCUGAAGAAAGCAAUGGACCAUGGUUUUGUUCCUGCGAUCAAUGCCCUGGCCUGGUACCACGAGCAGUUUGAGCAUGACUACAAGCAGGCAGUGCAGCUGUGGGAACAGGCUGACUUCCUUGAGAGUCCAGAUGCUGCUUUAAAUCUUGGUGUCGUAUACUCACAGGGCCUGUAUCCAGGAAAACCUGCUGACCAGUUUAUGGCCUAUCAGUACUAUCUGAAGUCUGCAGAGAGAGGGAACAUCAGGGGGGCAAUUCUCACAGCUGACUUCUGGACCACUGGGAUUCCUGGACGUGUCAGAAGACGUCCAUCAGAUGCAGUUUUGUGGGUAAAGUGGGCAGCUGAGCACAACGGUUACCUAGGCACCAUCUUGAGGAAAGCCUUGAAUUCAUAUCUCAAGAGUGACAUGUUCAGCUCACUGUUAUAUUACCUGAUGGCUGCUGAGUCCGGCUACACAGCUGCACAAUUCAAUGUAGCAUAUCUAUGUGAGCAGAAUAUGUUCGGUUUUCUGGAUCCUGAUUUUGCAUCAGACUGUAUGUGGAGAUAUUACAACCUCACAAUCCAAAGUAAAAAUCCUGAGCCAUAUGCAUUGAUUAGGAUGGGUGACCUCUUGUAUGAAGGGCAUGAUGACAGGCAGAAAGACUUGUUUUCUGCAGCAGAGAUGUACACACAGGCAGCUCUAAGGAACGAGCCACAGGGAUGGUACAACCUUGGCCUCCUUGUUGAAGAGGGAUUCAGGCUGCCGCUGUCUGUAUUGAUUGAUCUUGGCCUUUCAGAGCUGUACCUGGCAGACAACAGUGUGCUUCUAAGUACUUUGUACAAAAGGUGCAGAGACUCAGAAGAUACUGACUCAUACUUGCCUUGCAGCCUUGCCCUCUUCAAUGUCUCCCUCCAAUCUUUACAAAAGGACUAUAGUGCUGCUAUUAAGUUCUCCAUUGCUGUUGCCGUGGUAGCAGCUCCAACAAUAAUCUUCAUCGUCCUUGGUGUACUAAGCAGACUCAGGAGUACAUGAUGAGCUCCGUCCUUCAACUUAGAGCCAAGAUCCUUAUUGGGAUUGUCAGUGGAAUAAAGUCAGAGACUAAACUGCAAAGUCAAGCUACUGACUGUGGGAUCACUGUAAAAAAAACACAAAAAAAAACCCAAAUGUAAAUUAAAUUACCAUUGCUUUUUUUAAGUUUAUGUUUUAAAGUUUCUUACUUUUUACAUUUUUCUGUAUUUGAUUUUCCAUGGAAAGGACACUUGUCUGAACAAUAAAUAGCCUGAAUGGUAGAAUACUUGCACUUUUGAUGCUGUUGUAAAGAUUAAAAAUGUUGUUUUUGGAUGUCCUUUUGUCUCCCGGUGUAAUGAUUCCUUCACCCUGUGGCAGUAUGUGAGCGGAUGACUUUCAGGUAAUGAAUGCGAGGUGCCUCAGGUCCAACAUCACCACUUUAUACUUCAGAAUGCUUUCUGAGUGUCUAACAGAUCACCUGGACACCAAGUGGCACAUAUACCUUAUGUUUGGAAAUGAAUAUUUGGGUUUUACAUACACAAUUGUGUGGACAGAUCUCACAUAGUUUAAAAAGUC